AUGAAACUGGGCCAGUUUGGACCGGCUGUUGGCUUCGUCCUGAUCUACGUCGCUGAGUGCUCGUACGUUCCUCCAUGUGAGAGGGACAACCAGAAGAACAAGGACAACGUUCUGUGGUGGGAGGACUACUGGACUAAAGAGGUCAGCUCCCAAUCCUUCACCUGUUUCUUCAACCAGCAGAGAAGGCCUGACGACGUACUGUGGCGGCGCUCCCACGACGCCAGCGUCCUCCUCCACUGCGUCCUGUGGCCCAUGGUGAGCCUGCUGGUGGGUACCCUCAUCGUCCUUCUCACCGUGUGCGCCCGCAGCCUGGCCGUGCGCGCCGAAGCCAUCCAAAAGAGGAAGUGCUCGUACGAGCCGGCAGGCAACUCAGAGCAGAGCAAGACGCCGCCCAACACCAACACCGCCUCCUUCCGGACCCUGCCGAUGUUCGCUGUCCCUGUCCGACGCAGAGACCGGGAACAGGAACACUAGAUGGAUGGAUGGAUGGAUUGAUUGAUAGAUUGAUGAUGACUGUGGUCUCAGUGGUGGUUGUUGUGUGAUGAGGACCUCAUAGAAGCGGGGAAUGUUUGAACUUCCAAUUAUGACUGUUCUGAACACUCUCAUUCCGCUGGACUGGACUCGAGGCUCAUGCACCAGAAAUGCUUGUCUGUCUUGUCUUGGUGUGUUUGUCUACUUAUGUAAGAGCCAUUUUGUCAGUUCAACUCUCAGCUGGUGAGGGCCUUUUCUAAUGCUAUGUGUAUUACAAUGCGUUGGUUAUGUCUAUGAAUAAGCAAAAAUCCAAAAAGGACAAUGCCGCUCUCUGUCACUGGUCAUGUUUCGGACAGGUCUGUGUUACGUGUUGAGCCUCUGUGUCUCUGUGCUGAUUGUAAAUGUGGUUCGCGUUUACUUCACUAGCCGAGCUCGGUCUCAAAGUUCAGAGUUCACUGACUUACAAACAGGACAUGUCUGUUACCUUUGAAAGCUCUUUAACUAGACUCUUCAUUACAAACCCCUGGUCGUAAGAAAGGAGAGAUCGUGAGGGCGCCCCGGGCCAGGACCACCUGAGAAGAAUCUUCAACACCAGUUACACAAAAUGUCAGUGCUUUGUUCAGAGAGAAUGCGGUGAAAGGAAUUCUGGGAGAGUCCUUCUAAUCUCUGGGACGACAGAGCCAGAAGCAGACCUUGGUCUGAUCACCCCCAGCAUGAUGUACUGUCUUCUUCUCUAGGUGGUAUUAGGAAGUGUUUAAAUGCCUAUCUCACUGUUACUGUUCUUUAACACCCCGGGCCACGAUUUAAACAAAUCUCAACAAUGUGUUUAUUACAUUUAAAGGCAUAUUACGGUUUGUUUUGAUCCGGUUCCCCCUCUCUCUCCUCUCUGUACCACCUGUCUUUUACUAAACCUGUUUCUAACAAGGCUUCUUUAAGGCAUCUGUCCAACUACAGCCAACCCAACCGCCAUGGACGGAAUAUGUGUGUUGUUCAUUUUCAGUUGGUUGCCGCAGGACACGUUUGAACCUAUUUGAUCACGAUUCAAUAUGUAGACUGGGCCACGGACGGUUGGUCUGGGUUCAAUAUGUAGACUGGGCCACGGACGGUUGGUCUGGGUUCAAUAUGUAGACUGGGCCAAGGACGGUUGGUCUGGGUUAAAUAUGUAGACUGGGCCACGGACAGUUGGUCUGGGUUCAAUAUGUAGACUGGGCCACGGACAGUUGGUCUGGGUUCAAUAUGUAGACUGGGCCAAGGACGGUUGGUCUGGGUUCAAUAUGUAGACUGGGCCACGGACGGUUGGUCUGGGUUCAAUAUGUAGACUGGGCCACGGACGGUUGGUCUGGGUUCAAUAUGUAGACUGGGCCACGGACGGUUGGUCUGGGUUCAAUAUGUAGACUGGGCAACGGACAGUUGGUUUGGGUUAAAUAUGUAGACUGGGCCACGGACGGUUGGUCUGGGUUCAAUAUGUAGACUGGGCCACGGACGGUUGGUCUGGGUUCAAUAUGUAGACUGGGCCAAGGACGGUUGGUCUGGGUUAAAUAUGUAGACUGGGCCACGGACAGUUGGUCUGGGUUCAAUAUGUAGACUGGGCCACGGACAGUUGGUCUGGGUUCAAUAUGUAGACUGGGCCAAGGACAGUUGGUCUGGGUUCAAUAUGUAGACUGGGCCACGGACGGUUGGUCUGGAUUCAAUAUGUAGACUGGGCCACGGACGGUUGGUCUGGGUUCAAUAUGUAGACUGGGCCACGGACAGUUGGUCUGGGUUCAAUAUGUAGACUGGGCCACAGACAGUUGGUCUGGGUUCAAUAUGUAGACUGGGCCACGGACGGUUGGUCUGGGUUCAAUAUGUAGACUGGGCCACGGACAGUUGGUCUGGGUUCAAUAUGUAGACUGGGCCACGGACAGUUGGUCUGGGUUCAAUAUGUAGACUGGGCCACGGACAGUUGGUCUGGGUUCGGGACAAAACCUGGGAUAGGUAGUUUGUCUGUGGUUGGAUAGAUGUGCAGAUGCCUUGACUGUAGCAACUUCCUCUGCAGUCUGUCUUCUGUUUUACCUUCUGUCAGUUAAUGGUUUUAGUUUUUUCACGAUGCAAAUUGAAUGGGUUUUCUUACCACAGUAGCAGACUUUUUGCACCGUUUUGAAUAGUUUGUCGUCCGUUUGUGUUACCGCUCUCCGAUUGGUUUGAAUAGUUUGUCGUCCGUUUGUGUUAUACCGCUCUCCGAUUGGUUUGAAUAGUUUGUCGUCCGUAUGUGUUACCGCUCUCCGAUUGGUUUGAAUAGUUUGUCGUCCGUAUGUGUUACCGCUCUCCGAUUGGUUUGAAUAGUUUGUCGUCCGUUUGUGUUACCGCUCUCCGAUUGGUUUGAAUAGUUUGUCGUCCGUUUGUGUUACCGCUCUCCGAUUGGUUUGAAUAGUUUGUCGUCCGUAUGUGUUACCGCUCUCCGAUUGGUUUGAAUAGUUUGUCGUCCGUUUGUGUUACCGCUCUCCGAUUGGUUUGAAUAGUUUGUCGUCCGUAUGUGUUACCGCUCUCCGAUUGGUUUGAAUAGUUUGUCAUCCGUAUGUGUUACCGCUCUCCGAUUGGUUUGAAUAGUUUGUCGUCCGUAUGUGUUCCCGCUCUCUGAUUGGUUUGAACAGUUAGUACAUCCAGUUAGUGUUUUCCAUCCGAUUGUAUAAAAGAAGAAUGUGAUCUGACUACAAACCGUUACGCCUACCUACCCUGCUCCAAGAAAAGGUUUGCUCUCGACUGCGUUAAUCGGACGUACAGGAGUAUUUACUUGUGCAUUUUCUACAACAGAAGUAGCUAAGACAUUGUUGUCCUUGGCUAAAAGAGGAAUGAUAUUUCAUACAUAAAGCCAUAUGCUGAACAUGUGAUUGCAGUUAGAGGCAGCUCCACGGGAUGUCCUCUUACAAUAUGAGCUGUAACAGUAGUACUAAAGUAAUAUAUUUUGUGUUGGAAAGAGAAUGUUUUUUAUAAAGCCAAUCCAUUUAAAAUGUCUGCUGCAUAAUGAUGAGUAAUAGUGCCUCAUAGAUAUCUUUAAUAAAUAGAAUAAGAGUUA